ACUCGCUGAUCGAGAGAUCAUGGACCGCCAUCGAAGCAGUGGAAAACAGAUGCCGAACACCAGAUUUCGUUUUCUUUACAGUAAUCAGGACGAAGAGCACGACUUUCUCUGAUGGUUAUAUAUAGAUAUGCUUUGAGAAUACGAGAGACCGAGCAUCAAGUUAGUUUUUUUUUUUAUUGUGAAUCUGAUGAAGCAGGCACAAGAGGAGAGAGGCAUCCGGGAACGAUACACCGGUUUUGCAUAAGUAGAUGUUGUUCCUGGAUAAUGGAUGCCUUGAUGCUCAUUGAAGCACCGGCUUGUAUGAUCACAUCACAAUAUGGGACUUGCGCUUGCCUCGCUGAUUCAUCAUGUCUUCCAAUUUCCUUCUCCGGCUCUUUCCAUAGGGAUCAUAUUCUUCGAGAACUUGAGAGUUGAUUUUUGAAUCAAUCACAAGUGAUCACAGUCGUCCUCACUUUUUAGCAACAACUGCUACAAACACCUCUACCGUAUUUCUUGACAUCGAAGAAAUCAGAAGCACAAAGAUGCCGAAGCUUAGCCAAGAAGUAUGCAAGGAGUUGGUUGCCACCGCCAACAAAAUCUGUACCCCGGGUAAGGGCAUUCUCGCCGCAGAUGAAUCAACCGGAACAAUUGCAAAGCGAUUUGACUCCUGCAAAAUUGAAAACACCGAAGCCAACCGUUCUUUCUACCGAGGCCUCAUGUUCGAGACGGAAGGUGAAAAAUCUUAGAUAGCAGGACUAAGUCUUGUAUACUCACUUCAAUUCUUGAGUUAGAGCUUGUUGAGGAUGAAGACAUUGAUGUGCGGUAUUAUGUCAAACGAAAAUAAAAGUAAAAUUAUAAGAGAACACAGCAAAACCGGAACCCCAACAAGGCGAACUUUGCUACCCUACAAAGCAAGUUACCCUACUCUCUCAACAUCUUUCAUCUUUCACUUCUAUCUUGUUCAUCUCAGGUCUCGGAAACUACAUUUCCGGUGUUAUUCUUUACGAAGAGACUCUGUACCAAAAGGACCCGUCUGGAGUGCCAAUGACCGAUCUCUUGAAAAAGCAGGACAUUAUUCCUGGUAUAACACUUUGAUUAUGGCCUACUACUUUGAAGAUGUGCACGUGGAGUUUCUUAAUGUCUAUUUUGAGUCAUGCUUAAGCUCACCAGUACUUGUACUAUUGUGUCUACGUUCAAUUUAUGCGGUGGUGGUCUACUUCCACAUCAAUAUAACGGAUACCAGUUUCCCGACCGCUCGCUGUAUUAACAUAUCUUUUUAUGGAUAUCAUAUCGACUUCGUUAUACCCCUGUUUUGUUGCAAACAGGUAUCAAGGUCGACAAAGGUCUUGUCGAUUUGAUGGGAACUGAGGGAGAAAAGUCCACCCAGGGUCUUGAUGGUUUAGCUAAGCGAUGCCAGGACUAUUACAAUGCUGGCGCACGUUUUGCAAAGUGGCGUGCGGUUCUUAGUAUCGAUGCGGCAACAGGUAUUGCCUCGUGAUUCACUUGUUGGAGCUAAUGUACUAUGACUAUCUAAGAGUUUCUUCUUGUAUUUGUAAAUUAUGAUGAAGUGCUCGAAAAGAAACUUGAGGUUAAAUCGAAAAACGACUGAACAACAACAUGGACCAUUUGAAAUUUAUUGAGUAAACAAUUCAAACGCCUGUUCUUCUUCAUCUCCAAUUUAUUGCUAGCUAUCCGAUUCCCAAUCCUCACUUCCAGGCAAGCCAUCUGAUCUGUCUGUCUUGGAGACUGCUCAUACGCUCGCACGAUAUGCAAGCAUUUGCCAGGAAAAUAAGAUUGUCCCGAUCGUCGAGCCAGAAAUUCUUCAGGACGGCGCUCACAGCAUUGAGGUCGCUGCGGCUGUCACAGAGAAGGUAUUUUUUAAGGUUUACGCGUUUGUACUCGACUAAGUCUUUCAUUAUGACAAGGAAAUAUAAAUAAGAAGAAGGUUCUUGUCCAUCUCCAUUCUCGAAAAUAACAUCUCCAAUCACAACACCUUUUGUUUCUUUCAUUUUCUCAGCAACAUGAACGUAGACUGACAUACGGACACGAUGAAGAAGAAACACAUAAUUCGAUUUUUAUUGUUUUCCCAGGUCCUCGCUGCGGUCUUCAAGGCCUUAGCAGAUCAUAAGGUCCUUCUCGAGGGAUGCUUGUUGAAGCCGAAUAUGGUGACCCCAGGAAGCGAAAACCCCAACUGGAGCACUCCUGAAAUCGCGUACAUGACUGUCCGAACUUUGCAGCGCACAGUUCCUCCGGCGCUUGUUGUUAAGAACUACAAAGAGAUGAAAGACAAAGAUCUUCCAUGCUUGUUGUUAUUCGUAUGCAGAUGAGUAAGAGUAGCACUAGUUACAGUUAGUCAUCAUGCAGUCUUGGCAUGGUGUUACUAAAUGAUUCGUUAUCGUUUUUGUGCUAGGUAGAUAUGGCUGAUUUUCUCAUUGAGAAACGGAAACGGUGCGAUAAGUAUUGCCACCUACCACUGGUGCCUCAUAGUUAUAAACUAACUACGUAAAAUGUACAGGGAACAAGCAAAGAACCUCUUCUAAUACGAGCGUGGUAUUCCUGUCAGGAGGACAGAGUGAGGAGGACGCAAGUUUGAACUUGAACGCAAUGAAUGCGAUGACGGAGAUGCGCAAGCCGUGGGCACUUACGUUCUCCUAUGGACGGGCUCUCCAGGCCACCUGCAUCAAGACGUGGUGUGGUACUGAUUACUGAAAAAGAGUCUUGGUCUUUAUUCCGAUGGUAGCUUCUGAUUCUGUUACACGUUAUACCAUUUGGUCUAGAAGGUACGCAAUUACUUUGACGGCAAAAAAGUUUCUUAGUACCAGAAGUUGCUCUGAAAAUGGAAUAUGAAACGAUCUUUUGCGAAACUCGUUGUACUUGUAGCUGACUUUGGCCAGCCUUGUUUGUAGUAAGCAUUUAACAACGUGAGCGUGUAUGUGCUAGUGAUAAUGGAUACGGCCGCGUUGUAAAGCUUACGGUUACAACGCAUCUACCUCUCAAAAUGUCACAGGCAAACCCGAGAACAAAGCAGCGGCGCAGGCUGCGCUUAUGGUUCGGGCGAAGGCUAACGGUGAGGCGCAGCUCGGGAAAUAUGCCGGAUCAACUGACGGCGCUGGCAAGGAGUCUCUCUUCGUAAAGGGAUACGUAUACUAAACAGCGACGUCAUCUUCUUCACUAGGUAGUGGAAGGGUCAGCAUGCCGCUAAAGAAAAUAGCGGUGGCAUAGCGCUGGCGCAAUACGAAUACAACUCAUGAAACUGAAAGCGAGUUCAAGUAGUCCAAGUUGGUCACAGCCACAUGAUCUAGGAUAUUCUAUUCAUGAUCAGGAGGUGUUACUUUUUACGUUUUUACACUACCUAGAAUGUUGAACAAAACAAAAACAUAUACAUAGCAAAACUUCAUGGAGCACAUGAUUAUUUUCCUGAUAUUAGCGUGUCGCUGCUGGUGCUGUGUCACUGACACUGCUCUCACGACGGCACGCCCCGAAGACAGCGCACCGACUUUCACUGGUGGCGCAAGUGACGAGUCGUCGUUGUCUUUCGGUUAUCACCUUCAGUUUUUUGUCAGACUACUGUGUGUCACAAGAAGACCCAGAAGGAGAACAAAUACAGUCCAUCUUUUUCAUUAACGCAUAGAAAUUAGCAUACAUGACCACAAUAUGAACACUGUCUUUGAAAGUCGUAGACUCAGCGAGAGCGAGGAUCGUCCAAUCAUAGAAAUUUGUUAAAAUUGUUAAGAACUCUGAGGAUUUUUACGAUGAUCGAUGAACAAUGGUUGAGCAUCAAUACAAUAACGAGAUGAUAAAUAGCAAUGCAUAGGCGUGGUCUUGGUCAUUCUCAUGUUCUCCACCUAAUCUCUUGCAUCUUCCUAAUUCAACGGCGACUUUUCGCGCAGUGCUUUCCGUGAUGAAGCAUUGUUUUGCUCUCCGCUGUGCAACGGUGACUCGCUUUUGAUAUGCCUUUCCUUGAUUAUCCGAAACACCAGUAUUUGACACUUGUCAAAACCGUAUUUCUUCGAAUGCUCCGACGACGAGGAAACUCCAUAUCACAAACUCGAUGGUAGCUUGGUCGGAAGACGGAGCUGCGCUUGAAGCACUCUCUUUGGCAGGUGAACAAGCAUUGGCUAAAAGCAAACAGUCGUGCGCGCUGGAGUAGAAGAUGUUGAAAUUGAAUCGAAAAACGGAGAGAAGAGUGUCCUCGCCGGGGCGAGACACCUGACGAGUCGCAAAGAUGGACAUUCCGAUUCAGUGAGUUAGAAGGAGUGGUGUUGAGGGAAACCCGACGAGAUAGAAAGAGCCCUAAUGACGAGAGCAAUCCGAAUCGUGGUCAUAAGUAUCUAGCAAGGUUUUUAAAAUAGAUAUGUCGUAGGUCCAAUCCGAAUCGACUAACAUCAUCAUCAUGUGGCGGAUUUUUGGCGAUUCUGUAAAAAAUUCCAGACGGACGAAAAACAAACAAGUUUUUGCGGUGAGAUUGAGUGGUUCUAAGUUUGGUCUUGGCGUUUCUUUCUUCGUCGGUAUGACAGUUAAUGGUACGU